GACCGACUUGAAUGUAUUUCCUGAAGUUAUGAGAUCUACUGUAUCAUAUUCUGAUGGUAGCUCGAGGGUCCGGUCGCAGACGGGUAAGGACCACGUUCACCGUGAUCCAGCUGGAGGAGCUGGAGAGAGUUUUUCAGGAAACACAUUAUCCUGACGUUCACACCAGAGACCAGCUCGCCUGUCGAACGCAGCUGUCUGAGGGAAGAGUUCAGAUCUGGUUCCAGAACCGGCGGGCGAAGUGGAGACGCAGUGAAGCUAAAGCAGCACACACACCUCUGACAGUGCUGAGAGAUGCAGAACACACUCACCUCCAGACUCCUGUCCUCUGGGUUCACGUAAAUACUUUCAUUCACCUCCAUCACAAUCACCGCAUCCUCUGCAGUGACUGGACUCAUCUCCCCAAAAACACUGCGGACAAAGGGCAAAGAAAUUUCAUUGAGAUUUCAAAAAACAUAUUUACAAACUAA